UCAGAAGCUUGCUAGCCAACAUAGCCGAAAGAUUCAAGCUAUUUACACGCUUUCGGUGUAUAUUAGCUACUGUGUUUUAGACACUUCUGUCGUAUCUACUUGUAAACCUAUUUAAUUUAAUAUUACGUUAUUUUGUAUUAGUCAGCUAUAGUAGCUGGCUGGUUAAGUUAGCAUUAGCCUAGUCGCUAAUAAUAACUAACAUCCCCGAACAUGAGCUCACUAAACUACUCUCCUCCUGUUAAAGAAGAGGUCUGCUGGACGGAGAAAGAAGCUCUGGGGCUGAACAUUGUCGUGAAAGAGGAGAAGGAAGAGGAGGAUGUUACAGUUAAACAAGAAGUAGAAGGUGAGGCUGUUACUGUGAAAGAAGAAGAGGAGGAUGUCUCAGUGAAAGAAGAGGAAGACGCGUUCAGAGUGAAAGAGGAGGAGGAUGUUACAGUAAAAGAAGAGGAUGCAGUUUUUGAAGUGGAAGGAGAGGAGAAAGGAGAGAGAUGUGACCAUCGUGGAUCCUCUGGGGAGCCUCAACAACAUCAUGAUGCUGAUGAGGCAGAGAAGAGUCUCUCCGGAUCAGAACACCUCAAGAAACAUCAUCAGAGACCAACUGGAAGGAAACCUCACUGCUGCUCUGACUGUGGGAAACAUUGCAAAUCUUCAUCAAAACUAAAAAUACACCAGCGAGUACACACAGGAGAGAAGCCUUAUAGCUGUGAUCAGUGUGGCAAGAGUUUUACUCAGUCAAGUAGCCUGGUAUCACACAAGAGAACCCACACAGGAGAGAAGCCUUAUAGCUGUGAUCAGUGUGGCAAGAGUUUUACUCAGUCAAGUAGCCUGGUAUCACACCAGAGAACACACACAGGAGAGCAGCCAUAUAGCUGUGAUCAUUGUGGCAAGGGUUUUACUCUGUCAACCAACCUGGUAUCACACCAGAGAAUACACACAGGACAUCAGCCAUAUAGCUGUGAUGUAUGUGCAGAUAGUUUUACUACAUCAAGCCAGCUGGUAGUACACCAGCGAGUACACACAGGAGAGAAACCUUAUAGCUGUAAUCAGUGUGGGAAGAGUUUUACUCAGUCAAACAGCCUGAAAUCACACCAGAGAACACACACGGGAGAGAAACCUUAUAUCUGUGAUCAAUGUGACAAAAGAUACUCUCAUUCAAGUAGUCUGAUUAAACAUCAGAAAAUACAUGCAGGAGAUCCACAGAGUAAAUCGAACUGCUGCUCUGACUGUGGAAAACAUUGCAAAUCUUCAUCAGAACUUAAAAUACACCAGCGAGUACACACAGGAGAGAAAUCAUAUAGCUGUAAUAAAUGUGGGAAGAGUAUUACUAUGUCAAGUAGCCUGGUAUCACACCAGAGAACACACACAGGAGAGAAAUCUUAUAGCUGUGAUCAGUGUGGCAACAGUUUUACGAAUUCAAGAAACCUGCUAACACACACAGGAGAGCACCAAUAUAGCUGUGAGCAUUGUGGAAAAAACUUUUCUCGGAUAGGACACCUUAAAGGACACCAGAGAACACACACAGGAGAGAAACCUUAUAGCUGUGAUCAAUGUGGCAAGAGUUUUACUAAGUCAAACAACCUGGUAUCACACCAGAGAACACACACAGGAGAGCAGCCAUAUAGCUGUAAGCAAUGUGGGAGGAGUUUUUCUCAGUCAAACAGCCUGGAUAGACACCAGAGAACACACACAGGAGAGAAGCCUUAUAGCUGUAAUCAGUGUGGGAAGAGUUUUACUCAGUCAAGCAACCUGGUAUCACACCAGAGAACACACACAGGAGAGCAGUCAUAUAGCUGAGAGCAAUGUGACGAGAUACUCUGAUUCAAGUGGUCUGAUUUAAACAUCAGAAAAUACAUGCAGGAGAUCCACAGAGUGUGGAAUGAUCUCCAACACCCGACCUAUAUAAAUCAAAUCACAUUCUAUUUGUCACAUACACUAGUUUAGCAGAUGUUAUUGCGGUUGUAGCACAAUGCUUGUGUUUCUAGCUCCAACAGUCCAGUAAUAUCUAACAAGUACUUUCUAACA